AUGGGAGACUUGCAGCCAGCAGUGGUAAUCGACAACGGAUCGGGUCUGAUCAAAAUUGGACUUGCAGGCGAUAAAGAACCUAGAUUUAUAUACACCAAUGUGAUAGGUAGGGCUAAAGCCAAAUCUAUAAUGAUUGGUGCGGGACAGAAGGACUAUUACGUUGGAGAAGAGGCACAGCAGAAGAGGGGUAUUCUAUCAAUAAAGUACCCAGUGGAGCACGGUGUUGUCUUAUCUUGGGAUGACAUGGAGAAGAUCUGGAAAAAUGUCUACGACAAUGACCUGAAGAUUAAAUCUACUGAAAGACCUGCUAUUUUGACAGAAGCCCCACUUAACCCUUUGACUAACAGGGAAAAGAUGUGUUCUGUUCUCUUUGAAAACUUCCAGGUACCAGCAUUUUAUGUGGCAAUCCAAGCCGUGCUUGCCCUUUAUGCGUCUGGACGCACCUCUGGGUGCGUAAUGGACUCUGGAGAUGGUGUUACACACACUGUACCUGUCUACGAAGGUUACUGCCUCCCCCACGCAGUAUUGAGGUUAGAUUUGGCCGGCAGGGAUCUGACGGAUUAUCUUAUGAGGAUUCUGACAGAAAGCGGGGUCACGUUUGUGAGCACUGCUGAAAAGGAAAUCGUGAGAGAGAUCAAGGAGAAGAUUUGUUAUGUUGCGGUGGACAUAGCGGCCGAGAUGGCCAAAUCAAAAGAAGACUGUGCAAAAGAUUACAAACUUCCAGAUGGGAAGGUGAUUAAGGUGCACAACCAGAUGUUCAGGACCCCAGAAACUCUCUUCCAGCCAUCUAAUAUCGGCAUGGAAGCGCCAGGGAUCGACAAACUCUUAUUCAACACGAUCAUGAAAUGUGACAUCGAUCUAAGAGUCACUCUCUACAGCAAUGUUAUUCUAUCAGGUGGAUCCAGUCUCUUCGAAGGCAUGGAAGCUCGGAUAGCCAAAGAGAUGACCUUAAUGGUCCCCGCUGGGACUCCAGUCAAGGUGUUUGCCCCACCUGAAAGGAAAAUAUCCGUUUGGAUGGGAGGCUCGAUUCUGUCUUCGCUCUCCUCCUUCGGUCAGAUGUGGAUCACCCCUGCUGAGUUUAAAGAAGUCGGGGCUAACAUUGUGCACAGAAAGUGCUUCUAA